AUGAUUCUAAGUAAAAGCCUCUACAUUUUUGGCCUUCUGGGAGCCGUUGCAAAUGCACUCCCAGAGCCAGCCGCUCCUCAGGUCACGGCACCAGCCAAGUUGGAGGAGAGAGCAACCACUUGCACGUUCUCUGGUUCUAAGGGUGCUUCCUCGGCUAGCAAGUCGAAGACCGCCUGUUCCACCAUUGUGUUGUCGGCAGUGGCUGUCCCAUCGGGAACUACUUUGGACUUGACCGGUUUGAAUGACGGAACAACAGUCAUCUUCCAGGGUGAAACAACCUUCGGCUACAAAGAGUGGUCGGGUCCUCUUGUCUCGGUGUCCGGCACAGACAUUACCGUCAAAGGCGCAUCGGGUGCAACUCUGAAUGGAGAUGGUGCCCGCUGGUGGGAUGGAAAGGGCACGAAUGGUGGCAAGACGAAGCCCAAGUUCUUUUAUGCGCAUAAAAUGUUUCAAUCUACCAUCAGUGAUAUCAAGAUUGUCAACUCCCCUGUUCAGGUCUUCAGUAUCAAUGGAGCGGAGGAUCUCACCUUGAGUGGAAUCACCAUUGAUAACAGUGAUGGCGAUGUCGAUGAGGGUGGCCACAAUACCGAUGCCUUUGAUGUGGGAUCUAGCUCGGGCAUCACGAUCACUGGUGCAACUGUUUACAAUCAGGAUGAUUGUCUGGCGGUUAAUUCUGGAACGGACAUCACCUUCACCGGAGGUCUCUGCUCAGGAGGCCAUGGACUCUCCAUCGGAUCUGUUGGAGGGCGAAGUGACAACGUGGUUGACAAUGUGCACAUUGAAAACUCCGUCAUUCAGAACUCUGACAAUGGUGUACGAAUCAAGACAGUAUAUGGAGCAACUGGUUCCGUCAGCAACGUUACCUACAAGGGAAUUACCCUUUCCAAUAUCGCAAAGUACGGCGUUGUGAUCGAGCAGGACUACGAGAAUGGCAGUCCCACUGGAACCCCCACAGAUGGCAUCCCGAUUACCGAUCUCACUCUCGAUGGGGUGACGGGUUCCGUUAAGAGUAGUGGCACGAACGUUUAUAUUCUCUGCGCCAAGGGUGCCUGCUCUGACUGGACGUGGAAGAGUGUUAGCAUUACUGGUGGAAAGACAAGUAGCGCUUGCUCGAACAUCCCAAGCGGUGCAAGUUGCUGA